AUGGUGUGCAACCAAGACUGGGACCUACUGAAACGAGGCUGGCGGGAGCCCAGGAUGCUUAAAUAUAAGCCCUUUCCCUUUGCGCUCUCUCAUGCCGACUUCAACCUUCAGCACGUUAUCAAACAAUUUAUCACUACAAUGAGUAUCACACUGGAGGAGCACUUUCUCUCACGAGCAGCACACUCGUCGGUAACAGCUACAGAUGACCCAAUUCGUGGGUUUCCUUCCAGUAUCAUCAACAAGCUAACUGACUUCGACGAUAAACGAAUCAAGAACAUGGAUGAGAACAAUGUAGCGAUUCAAGUCCUGUCUCACACUCCAGCGAACUUUCUCACAACCGAGACAAUAAUAGCUGGUAACGAUGAGCUUGCUGCAGCUGUUCGAGCGAACAAGUCUCGCUUCGCUGGCUUUGCGUGUCUUCCGAUGGAUGAUCCCGUGGCAGCAACUCACGAGCUUGAAAGAUGUAUCAAACAGCAUCGUUUCGUCGGUGCGCUAAUCGAUAACCAUUCCAACGGCAACUUUUACGAUGGUCGCGAGUACGAUAUUCUCUGGGCAAAAGCUUUGGAGCUAAAUGUGCCGCUUUAUAUACAUCCCGCGUGGCCGAGCCAAAAAGAAAAAGAGGCUUUGUACUCGGGCGGUAAUCUACAGUCAGACAGUAACUCGGCCACCGCACUUGGCGCCUUUGCUUUUGGAUGGCAUGCCAGCACUGCGAACACUAUCUUGCGCCUGAUGGCCAGUAACAUUUUUGACCGCCACCCGGAGCUCAAAAUCAUCAUUGGUCAUUCUGGAGAACUCAUACCAUACAUGUUUGACCGUAUCAACAAGGCCACUGCAUUCUUUGGCAUGAAACGUGGGUUCGUCGAGGUGAUGCAUAAUAACAUCUGGAUUACGACUUCUGGAAUGUUUGAUGUACAUUCUCUGCGGUGCCUGUUGGGAAACAUGCCUCUGAGUCAAGUCAUGUUCAGUGUUGAUUACCCCUUCAGUGAUAACAAGCUUGGAAAGGAGUAUUUAGAGACGAUCAGGAGGGAAGGGAUUCUUGACGAGGAUGGGAUUGAGGCUUUCGCUUCUGGGAACGCGAGAAGGUUGUUGUUCCAUCAAGACCGAGAAAACGAUAUAGCUGCGUAG